GAGCUUUAACGUGUUUGUUUGUUUUCUGCUGCUCGGCGUCAUUGUGCGCGUGCCAAUGCAACAACUGGAUUGUAGUGUGGCGGGAUUAACAGACGCACAUUGAGGGGCUGGAACAUCUGGGAGGGGCGGUCGUUGCUGUGACAGCGUUGAGUCGGUUGGCCGUGGCUGUGCCGUGCUGGAUCUAGAGGGUUUCAUCCGGCGCAGAAGGGGACGCUUUCUUCUCUCUCGGAGCAGGUCUGCUGAGGAAGAUGCGCAGGGCGCAGACACGGCGGAGGUCGCGAGGCUGCUGGUGAAUUACAUUUGGGAUACGAAAGGCACCAUGAACGCCACAUUUUUCUGCGCUCCGUACGAAUUACAUUAGUUCAUUAAAGCUGUCUGCUGGGGGAGGAAUUUGUCCUGUGGUCGCGGGGCAGGAAUGCUUUUUCUCGGCUUGGUUUUGCUACAGAGGACCGUGGAGACCUCCGAAGGCAUCGGUCAUGCUCUCUGGAUUCAUCUUUAGACACCUGAACAGAGGUGCAGUGGCUCCCCCUGAUGGUACCUGCUGUAAUCUGAUCUAGGAGACCCCAAUGCUGAUCUACUGCUGACUUGCCAGAAAUGCAACCAUUGACUCUGCACCUCAAGAAAGCACAUGGCUGAUACUGCAAGGUGAGGGCGUGGCUGGGAGCGUGAGUUGUAAAGUCCCCAGAAUUACAUCACAUGGAGGUCAAAGGACAUCUGAUCACAUCCAUGGGUUUGGGGGCUCCUGAUGUUCAAGGCUGCCAGGACAGCAAGCUGCAGGCUGAGAGGAUUGCAGCUCUGCAGGAGCGGAAGCAGGCCCUGGAGGCUCUCCUCAACACCAGAGUGGGAGAGCUCAAACAAGUCUGUUUGCAGGAAGCAGAGCUGACUGGGAAGUUGCCACGUGUUUUCCCCCUGGAGACAGGAGAGAAACCCCCACUGGUGCAACGCAGAGCUGGCCUGGCGCCAAACACCAAGGCAGAGGAUGAGGCUGCCCAAAGAAAACAGAUGAAAGCCAUCUUCACCGGUGCACUGUACAGACAUUCGGAAUCAGAUCGAAAUGUCCCAAAUAGCAAGAGGACAGUUCAUCGUGGGUGCCACACAGAGGACACCGUCAUGUCAGAGAGUACAAGCUCCAUGUCAGAUUCAACAUCCCAUGACAACGAGUCUUCUCCCAGUGUGGCUGCUGACCAGCGCUCUCUGUCUCAGCCCCGGCUCACUGUUGGCAGCCCCGACCACAGGAUCAGCAGGAAGCUGUCUCCAGUCGAGAUUUACUACGAGAUGAGGACACGCCGCAACUCUGUCACAAGUUCUGUUAGCCCAACUCACUCUUUACCGAGAAGCGCGUCCAACGUUGAAGGUAGAAGCGUUCCAGCUACUCCUCUUUUGGCCCGAACUGCUCCAAUCAGCGUUCACGUCAGGUCGGAUGCGUCAGGUGGUAACGGGAUGAAGCAGUGGUCUGGCAGCCUGGAUGUGCCCUAUAUGAUUCCGCUGGCACAGGAGGGCUCAUCUUCUGACCGGCGAAGCUGCCCUUACAGCUCCCGGGCCAGGCGUAGUAACAGCUCCGAGGCCCUGCUGGAUAGAUCGAGCCUCCCUGACGAUCCUGCUCCCAGAAAUGGGAUGCCCCCCAGAGGAGGGCCCUACAAGAGCUCAGAGACACUGACUGAUGGCAAGCUGCGACACAUUCACCUGGACAGUCCUGAGAGGUGUGCCGAUGGUUCUGUGGACCAGGCCAAAAUGCGGCUGUCCAUGGGUGGCAGAGCGGCUGGUGGUGGCUACAAUGAGCUAUUGAUGGACUAUAUCUGGGGGAAACAGCAGAGGAUGCAAGUGCAGCACCACCUGUACCAGUCCACAGGCAGGAUCUGGCAGGACCUGCCCUCUCCUCGGUCGUCCACUGCAGCAGUGCCUCCCCAUGCUAAUGGCUUUUCCCAUUCCCAGGUGCACCUCCCCAGCGCUGCACCUCCUUACAGCCCCAUGGUCCUCCGAGGCUCCCAAGCUGAGCUGCGCAGGGUCAAAGUCACCAGAACCAAAUCUUGUGGACCCUUUAUUCCUUUGCAGCAACACACCCAGGAUGCCAUCCUACUGUCAGCAUAUGAAUCUCCCCUUCCUGCCUCUGGCACCACCACAUCCUCCAUCCCAAACCUGCACCCCUACCAGACUGAGCUCUCUGGCCCCUCCUUCAGCCGCAGAGCCCCACAGUUUUCUCUCCCGACCCCAGAAGACUCAACAAGAAGCUUGCAUAAAGCCCUGGCUCUGGAAGGACUGAGGGACUGGUACUUGAGGAACGCCCUCGGUUAUCCUCCUGCUGCCCCAAAGGGUCAUGAGGCGGGAAUCUCUCGCCUCUCACACCCCCAUCCGCUGGUGCACCAGGCCCAGUCUGUUCAAGGUGAACCAGCCAACCCCCACAGGCCUCAAAUACCCCAGUCAGCCAGCUUCCACGGUCACCCGCUGCAUGGAAGGUCGAUGGAGUUCUCUCUCUAUCAGGAGACUCCACCGAUGCAAGAAGUGACCCCAAAGGAACCAAGUGCAGACCCAGGCACCCUAGUCUGAAGAAGCAGAACACACGCACACACACACACACACACACACACAUACACUCUACAUUAUAUGAACAAAAACACUGUAGCCUCACACACACACGUUCACAGACAAGUUGACACAAUGUGACCUCAACAGCAAAGCAAAACACGGCAACCUCAGCAGAAAGAGACUGAAUAAGUGACAAAACUGUAACUGUACAGUGUAAAAAAGCCUUGGCAAGUUCCCCGUGUUCUAACUGAUCGAUCCCACCAGUAUAUGAACUUCAGACCCAUGUGGACGUGCACUGGACUUGACUUAGCUAAUAAGAAUAUGGUCAUGCUGUACUUCAUAUAUUGAUAUUUCUCGUCCAACACGAGCAGUAAAAUCCUUCCUAAAAACCCUGAAAACUCCUGAGAUAUACUUUUUUACAGAAUAUAUACAGCUCUAAAUCACUAUUUUGUAUCUUCUGAGAUAUAAAGAACAGUUAUAUUAAAGAGGUAAUUUAUUGCUCAUUAAUCGUGUGAUAUACAAAGAUGUUAUAUGAGCUCAUAUCAUUUGAAAAAGUAUUAAUACAUGCCGGUGAAUGUGUGUUUGUAAACUAUAUAAAACGCAAAAAACAUGCUUCGGUCUCCAUCUGCUGUUAAUUUCACACGUCAUUUGUAUUUUUCAUGUUUGACCAAUGAAACGGGCCAUGAACUGUAGCGUACUGGUGUAGCGGACGGGAGUGCCUAAAAGUUUUAAUAUGGAAACUAAAGCUUGGUUAGAAAACUUUAACAUGCUUUCUAAUAAUCUGAAAUGUUCGCAUUAAGCCUCUGUGAGCUUAGUGUAAUCAAAAACUGAAAGCGGUUCACGAUGUCACUAAAUUUGGGUAUUCGGAAUGAUGUCAUAUAUAUAUAUAUAUAGUGAUUUUUCAGGUUGUUUUCUAGAUUGAGCUCGGUGCUGGCCGAUAAAUGUAGCUUUCUCAGCGCUGACCUUGACAGAAUAAUUAGACCAGUUUUAGAAAGAAAAAAAACCUGAGGGCUGUUGUGAGACCUACUGUAUGGCAGUAGCACAUGACUGUAUGACAAUAAUGUACUCAUAUCGAAUCAGAUUUUUCUGCAGCUAGUUAUGGAGGAUUUGAGUGUCAUAUGGAGCACUUUAUGAACAUCUUAAGCCUUAAUUCCCUGUGAAGUUGUCUCCAAGAGAGAUGUGGAGCAGUAGGAAGGUUUCAGCAGGGUUUAUAAUUAGGAAAUGUUAAGGAAAGUGAGUUUUGUUAACAUCUACUGAAGGUCUAUCUGAGUGUUAGUCUGUAUAUAGCGUGGAUUGUACUGAUGAUUUUCAAGCUGAUAUUUUAUUCCCGUACUAACAAUGUAAUUUUUAAACUAACCACAGACGUAUUUAAUCAGAUUAAUUAACCUCCCCCAACUCAUUCCACCCCCAAGUGAGCACUAUUUAGUUGGCUGUGAAAAGUGAAGUUGGCGGUGUGAACAGAAUAGGGCUGCUGCAGUUUUGAAUGAUGGUGUGAGCAGGUCUCAUACCAGUGAAUUUGUUAAUGAGAAUUCAUGCUGGCUGAUUUUUGUAUUUGAUUUCAACUCAUUUCAUGUGCUUUUAAUUUACUUCUUUUUUUUUUUUUUAAAUCAGCAGAGUUAUGUGUCAUAAUAUAUUUGUAAUCAGUGUCUUAAUAGCUGCAAUGUGUAGUUCAGAAAAAUCAUAAUAAUAAAAGAAAUCCUCAAGGAAGUGUUUGUCUUAGUGUAAACAUCAGUUUACAUCUUUUCUAAGCAUUUUUUUGUUCCAUUUCAUGUUGGCCAUUUUGGGAGUCAUUUGAAUGUAAUUCUUUAUGUCUUUCACAAGUGAUGUUGUUUUCUACUUUGUUACAAACUGUAGCAAAUGUUACCUGGGUUCUUCUGCUGUCUGGCGUGUUCACAUCCUCUCAGUAUCCAGCUUCAUGCAGCUUCUUCCAGCUGGUUAAAACCUGAAAUCAAAGACCAAACUGCUGUGCACUGGGGGUCGUAAAUGUAUUUUUCAUAUAAUGUACUCUGUAAGUCGAAAGUAAAUGAUAUAAAUUUAGCUCUGAAGCAAAUUUAUUCAAACUAUAUUAUAUUUAUGAACCUAUAACAUUUUGUAGCUAUCUACUGUAGCUCUUUCUCAUCAGUGCGGGAAUUGGUAAUGUGUGUUAAAACCAUUUCAUUCAGCAGUGUGAUGUGUUAAUAUUUGAUUCUUCUUUUUUUUCUUUUUUCUUUUUUUAGAUAUUUAAGUGCAGCUGUUUUCUCUAUUCCUCUCUUUAUAACCAGGCCUAUGAAAACUUAUAGGCUCGUCCUAUACUGUAUGUAUGAGAUUGUGCAUUCAUUCUAAUAAAUAAAGUGUCAUG